AUGGGUGGGGUAGGUAAAACAACCCUUGCUCGGCUUGUAUAUAAUGACAACCGAGUAAAGGAGAAUUUUGAUCUCAAAGCAUGGGUUUGUGUUUCAGACACAUUUGAUGGUUUUAGAAUAACAAAAACUAUUUUUGAAGAGGUCACUUUGUCUAACUGUGACAUUCAUAGCUUGAAUUUGUUACAAUUUAGAAUAAGAGAGAGCUUAAAGGGAAAGAAGUUUCUCCUCGUUUUAGAUGAUGUUUGGAAUGAGGAAUAUAUUGCUUGGGAUGAUUUAGUUACAAUGUUUAGAUGUGGGGCACAAGAGAUCAAAAUCAUUAUUACAACAAGAAGUGAAAAAGUUGCUUCAAUUGUGCACCCAAUUUCAAUUCAUCAUCUAAUGCAAUUGCCAGAAGAAGAAUGUUGGUUGUUAUUUGCAAAGCAUGCAUUUAAAAAUGGAAAGUCGAGGGAAAAUUUAGAUAUAGAACUAAUUGGUAGAGAAAUUGUUUACUUCCCAAGCUAA